GUAGCUUAAAAAAAGUCAUUAAUUUAUCCCCGGGGACACCUUCCUGCCUGUCAUCCACACCCAGAUGCACUUCUGCAGUUUAUAUGUGAUUUGCUCCAUGAAUAUGUCCCAGGAGUUCAUGCCUGUUCCAAAAGGCCGACGAGUCGAGGUUGGGCCUGUUCUUUUCUUGGAAGUGGAACAGUGGAACCAGAGUGUCUGACCCACACAGAGGGACUGCUGGUCAUUAACCUCUGCCUGAAAAGACCGCCGUGAGGAGGGAGUCAGAGUCUCCUUGCAAGGUGAAUCUUCUGCCCAUGGUUUUGUUGCACUGUCAGUGCUCUGUGAACACAUCUGCACCAGAGGAGCAACGAUGACUCAGACUGAAAAGCUCACAUCCCGGCACAGUUUCCCCGGAUUGUAUGCUCAUUCAUUCACAGAGCAGCUGGAACAUGCCAGGUGUUUGCCUUGGGGAGAAAUCCCAGCACACAGAGGAUUUCUCUGGUGGUGGAUCCUCCCCCAUCACGCGGCAGAGCUGGACCAGAGCCGCUGAUGUGCCGGGUGUGGAGCCACUGCCUCCCUUCCCAAUGGAACGAAAGGCUGCCCUGAGGUCCCUACUGCUGUUCCUGUGUGUGGGAUCCGGGGUGUCCGUGGAGCAAACGAAUGUGACGUCAGGGAACAGUUCACAUGAAUUCUCAGAUCAAGAUUCUCUGCAAAGAAAUGGUCAACAUUACCAAGGUGGCAUGAGACCAAAACUGAAUGUCAGUCAAGUGGCAAUUGCACAGGUUGUCAGUCACAACUUCAGCAGGGCAGGGCAGUGGGAAGGAGCAUUCUGGAGGCGGUUCUCCCACAGCCACCACAGCCCCCUCAAUGUCACGGUCAAUGGCAUCCCCUGCAUCCUCUUCUGGGCCAAGAGGAUCAUGAUCAGGCUUGAAAACCACACUCAGCUGGACUUGACAGAGAAGACAUUUGGUGUCCAUGCAACAGUGGAUGUUGGAGACUCGAACUGCAGUGAAGACAGUGCAAUGCUUUCUCUGAAGUUUGGGGACAUUGGCAAUCUAAAGGGACUAGUUAUCAGGUUCUUGCUGACCACCAGCUAUUACCAGCUGUCUGUUCAGAACUGGUUCAGCCUGCACAGGCUGCAGCUGCUCUACAACCACUCGGUGCAGGCGACGUUCAAUGCAACCCAAAUACAUGCCCCGGCAACUUACUCGUACCACUGCGACCACGUGAGCAGCCUGCAGAGAUACGAUGCUCUCCUCAUUCCCAGCUCUGAAAAUGACCUAUCACAGCUCUGGGAAGUCACUUUUAUUGAUUUUCAGAUCCAAGGUUUUAACAUCCAGCAAGGACAUUUUGCCUAUGCAAAGGACUGUGCAUCCUUCUUCUCUCCAGCAAUUCUGAUGGGGCUGGUCAUGUCCCUGAUCCUGCUGCUGGUCCUUGCCUAUGCCCUUCACAUGCUGAUCCACCUCAAAUCCCUUGACAGGCACUAUGAGUGCAAAGCUUCUCCUGCCUAUUUUGCACAGAUGAAAGACAACGACAUGGGAGAUGAGAAGGAACCACUGAGAAAUAGUGGGAAUGAGUCCUAUGAACUUAGAAACAAGCAGUUUGGUAAAAUCUAUAUUUAGCAAUGUGCAUCUCAGUGAAAUGAGGUAUUUUCUUCUGCUGGCACUGUCAUGUGUAGUUGGUGCAGGUCUUUCACCAGAUGAUGAAAGGAAAAGUAGGUAACAGACUGUUUAACCAUUUAUUGAUUGAUCAUCAUCUCGAAGAUGCCUUGGGAAGCAAGUUGAGAUAAAAAACAUUCCAUUGUGAAUAAGAGAUUCAUGUUAUGGGACUUUAUUCCUGUAGCAAAAAGCCAAAAUGCAUAGCUUUUCAUCCUGAUUACAACAUCUUGAAGAGAAAAUCAAAAAUGAAUACUCUGAAAUCAAAUAAAGAUACUAUAUAUAUAUAUAUAUAUAUGUAUUUAGGUAUAGAUAUAAAUCUCUGCUUGUUCUUUCAGAAGGCAAGAUAUUUCCUCAUUUUAUAGUUCCUCUGUGUCUUGACAAAAUAUCAUAAAUUUAUUUCUCAGGAUGUGCUUUCUUUUUAUUUUCCAAGUCGCAUCCCCUCCUCUUUGUCCUCAUAAACUCCUUUUCCUACUUUGGAGUUUUCAGAGCCACAUAAGCUGUGUUUUUAUCCACAGUCAUGGCUCCAGUACAGCAGCAUCCUGAUAAUUCCCUAUGUCUAAGCUGGAGGCUUACUUUGAGGAUCUAGUGGAAGAGCACCUGACAUCUGGUCAAAGGCUUACCCUUAACUUCCUGGCUCAACUGCACGCCAAAAGAGGGAUUAUGAGCAUUAUACCCUGUAAUUCAAGGUUAAUUUCUAUCAAAUCCCAUCAGUCUCCCUUGGGAAUUUCACCUGAAUGGGGGUAGCCAGUGCUAUAAUUCAAAAUCUGUGUAUAAUUCAAAAUCUGUGUAAGCAAAGUGGUAGAAGCUCCUUAGCAGUGAAAAAGAUACUGUGAUAUGAUUUUCAGUGCUCCUUUUGAGCAUUCAGGACACUGCGGUCCUCAAACUUGUCCUUUCUUCCUUCAGAGGCAAAGUUUGGGAACUCCAAAUUAGCCGUAAUUGGGCCCUGAUUUCUAGCAAGGAAGAGCACAGUAAUGAAACAACUAUAGUGCUUUUAGGUUAUAAGUAAUGCAAACACCACCAUGUUAGAAAAUCUUCUACAAAUACAGAUUUAGCAGGCAUGUUUUAUGCCUGUUUUAUUUUAGAUAAUAGAACUAAUUGUUAGUUGUUUGUAAUCUUUGGAAAUUAUACUGCAAUGGUCUUUAAACACCUUGAGAGGUGUCCAAGGAUCUCCUAGUUAUUAGGUAGGCAUUUGUGAAUAUUUCUUGGUUUGUUAUGUUGAAGUUUAUGCAGUUUGAAACAGAGAUUCUGGAGAUUCUCAACAAGUGAUGCUGAAGAUGCAUCAUUAAGGUGAAAGGUACCAAUUAAAUAUUGCUGAGCCAUCAGCAGUGACACACAGGUGGAACCCAAAGCAGUUGGUUGAUUUAGGAAAGAUCUCAGAAUGAAAAAAACUCCCCAUCUUUGACACAUAACCAGAAGUAAGAGAGAACCUUUCAAGGACUUGCCACAGCUGCAUGUGGCCAACUGCUGCCAAACUUUCAUCUGUUUCAUAAAGGAAACAAGUGAAACCACGAAUGCCUGGGAACCUGAGUGAGGUUAACAUGAGAAGGUGCAAAUCAAAACCAGGGUAUUCCCUGCUGAGUGGCAAAACACUCUCCAGCUUGAUGCCCUCCCCUUGCACCCGGUGGGGACAGAUGCUGGCAGAUGUUAGAGAGAGUUCAGGAUGCCAGUGCUAAAUAGGUGAUGCUCCCCAUGGUCUGGAGAGUAGUGCUGUUGUGCCUGGGGGUUGCGAAAUUAAAACCUGACACCAGCCAGUGGCAGCCUGACUGUCAAAGUGACUGUCAGUCACUGGUGUGAAAUGCUCACCCUGCUGAGCCAGGCACAGCAGUGCUUCCUGAACAUCGUGUUGCCUGGGACACAAAGGCACUUCUUCCUCCCACAGAGGUCAUUUAUCCUUCUGGUUACUGUCUGAUGUGCUGUCAGGGUAAUUCUUACCUGUCAUUUUCUUGCAUGUUUUAAAUGGGCAAAAUCAACCCUAUUGCUGUGAGAGGUUCUUACAACUUUGGUGUUUGGAAUAAGAGAGAUUCCCUCCAGUCAUAUCCCUCAAUACUCAUGUCCUUUUCCAACCCAACUGUAUUCCCUUGGCUUUGAGGUGGAUUUGUGCUUGAGAGACUCAUCACUGCAAACCUCCAGGGUGUAACAGUUCAGGUUUUUUUGAUGAAGAAUUUAAUGACACAUGUGGCCCUUUCAGCACCUGAGCAAGAGAUAGGAAUUUAUACCUGCUGAUUUACGAGGCAAACUUUAGAAUAAAAUAGAAUGCAAAAAAUGAAAAGGAGAGGUAAAAAUAAAAAAGAUUGCCAAGAAAAAUAAAAUUUGUUCCCUUUUAUCAGCUUCUCUUAAACCAUGACACAACUGGUAUUAUCCCCAGAAUCUUCUGGGGAGAUGUGCACAGAUAGUAGUUACCUCUGCUGUGACUUUUAGUGUUGCAGUCCUGCAUGGCAGUGGAAGGUGACUGUACUCCCCCAGGUAUCCCCUGUAUCAUCACAAUUCUACUCAGGUGCCAGCAAGAGUCUGAAAGGAUAAACACACUCAUUGAAUUAGACAGGAAAUACAGUGCUCAUCAUAGGACUGGAAUGAUGAGCCUUAUGAAGAGUUAAUGGUGCCUUAGUGGAAAAAGCACCAGAAGAAAAAACAUAAUCAUAAUUGCAGUUUCUGUCUCCUUGUGCCAUGUAUAAAGGCAUGGUUGAAAAAGAGAAAAAUGUGUGCAUUUCCAGUAAGCUGUGUUUCCUGUGAGCCAAGCAAUCCUUAUUGAAUGCACAUUUUGGAGCAACAGGGACAUUCCAUUGCCCUGGUCCUGAAAGAAGAAAAUUCAAAUUAAAAUUAUUUGUGUGCUACAGAAAUAAGCUACAUUGGUACUAACAGACUCAUUAAUAAAAGAUAAGCUUUUUUUACACGGUC